GCCGAGCGGCCUCCCCUCCCUGCGGUGACAUUUCCCCUCCCCGGCUCCCUUUUUCCCUCCCCGCUGUCGCGCCGAGGAAGAAGAGGCGGCGGCGGCGGCCGAAGUGGCAGCGGCGGCAGGGGGAGGAGACCCGGCCCCUCAUGCUCGAGCUGGCCCUUUUCGCGGGGCCUGAGGCCGGGAGGAGCCGCGGCGGCGGCGGCGGCGGCCCUGUGAAUUUGGUGAUGAAACGCAGCCAGAAUGACUACAGUGAACAUACAAGGCUUCUGUCCACAGAACAGGUACAGCAGUGACAGCAGUAGCUGAAGGGUUGCUUUCCUUCUGAAGCCCUAGGCUAGUUUGCACUGUCCACUAGACUCUGUGCUCCAUGCUUUGAGACCGGGAGAGAGACUUUAAAACUCUGAAAUGAAGAUGGAGGCAGUAGACAAAGCAGAAGAACUCAUUGAUCCAGAGAUCCCACCAAAACUCUCAGAAAAACAAGAGGCAGCUCUGGGUGAAGAGGGAUCUAUAGAACUAGAAAUGCAUGCUCAGAAAGAGCGUGGAGCUGUCCUAGAGGAUUCAGCAGUGCUUACCUCCAUGCCAUGCUUGCUGAUGGAGCUGAGACGGGACUCAUCAGAAUCUCAGCUAGCAUCAACAGAAAGUGACAAGCCGACAGCUGGCCGUGUUUAUGAGAGUGACUCUUCCAACCAUUGCAUGCUGUCCCCUUCUUCCAGUGGGCACUUGGCUGAUUCAGACACUCUGUCUUCUGCAGAAGAGAAUGAGCCGAGCCGAGCCGAAGCAACGGUAGAGGGAGACCCAUCCGCAGUGUCAGGGUCUACUGUUGGGAGGAAAUCCAGGCGCUCCAGGUCAGAAAGUGAAACCUCAACCAUGGCUGCAAAGAAAAACCGGCAGUCGAGUGAUAAACAGAAUGGUCGUGUUGCAAAGGUCAAAGGUCAUCGGAGCCAAAAGCACAAAGAGCGAAUUCGGUUAUUGAGGCAGAAACGGGAAGCGGCGGCCCGCAAGAAAUAUAACCUGCUGCAGGACAGCAGUACCAGUGAUAGUGACCUAACCUGUGACUCAAGCACGAGUUCAUCAGAUGAUGAUGAAGAAGUUUCAGGGAGCAGCAAGACAAUCACUGCAGAGAUACCAGCUGGCUUCAUUCGUGCUGGGGGAUCUGGAGGAGCGACCAGGGAAAUUCCAGGAUUGCUUGACAGGGGCACCGUAUGGGAUAGGAACUGCAUAGGCAGUGUCCUGGAAGAGGCCAUGAACUGCUUUGCCGAGAUGCAGAGGCAGACAGAGGAGAAGUUUCGCAUGUGGAUAGAAAAACUAACCCGUCUUGACACGGAUGAAGAAAACAAGCAGCAGCUGGAACCCAGGGAACCUAAAGUACCACUAGCUGGCCAAAGAAUCUCCUCAGCUACUCAGGCAGGGGUGUUUGUGCAGGUGCCUGAUAGUCAAGUACUUCCACAGCAGUCCCCUGAUUCUUAUGUGAGCUGUCAAAGUGCUGAUGCAGCCUUAGAAUUUCCAGAAACACUUAAUAACAAUUUCUCAGCACUCUUUCCUGAGAAUGGGAAUAUCGCAGGACCGAGCUUGAAUCAAUCACAAACUUAACAAGCUUUUCAAAACCUUUGCUGCUGACCUGGAUCAUACUGCAAAAGCUGGCCAUUGUAUUGCUUAUGAGUUUUUUGUUCCUUGUUCGGCCAUUUCUAAAAAAAAUCAAAACAGAGAUACUUAGGAUGUUAUUAAAAUGCUUCUCUCCUGCUUACCAUCAGCAAAGCUUGGCAAGAAACAACUUAGCAAUCCUUAUUUGUGUGUCUUACUAUAGGAGCAGUCCACGUAUUCUCCCAUAUGCUCCUUUUGCAUGCCAAAAGUAUAUGUGGAAAUAUAAAUUUGAAAUUUGUGUUUGGUAAAUAUUUUCCUAAACAAAAACUAGCAUUUAGACUGUACCGCUUACAACAGAAUUAUAUAUUGCUUGCCAUAUUUCUGUUUUUUCUACAAUCGUGUUAAGCAAGAGCUGGUCAGUCUGUGAAUUAGAUGAAUUUGAUAAAUCAGCAUUUGUAUCAUCUCAUUAGCCUAUGUUUUUCUCACAAGUGUUUGUAUUUGCAGCAUUUAGAUGUACAGAAAGUGUAUGUAUACCUUAUUCAAAGAUACCUUAUUCAUUUGAAUAAGGUUUUGCUGUACAAGAAUUCCUGCUUUAAAAGACUUUACACCUAUAUAAAGAAACACAUGCACAGGUGUAAAAUAUGACCAAAUUUUAUUUCCAUGCCACAAUUAAACAGCAGGAUCAUUUUCUGUAAUAAAAAGUGGGCUUCAGAGGUUGGAGAUUUGGCCCGGCACAAAUAAACAGGUAGAUUAAGGGUUGUUUUGGCACCCCAUGCAAGGGGUUGUUCAUUCCAUUAGGCUCCUUUUCCUCUUGCCUGCAGCAUCUCAUACUGUAUGACAAGUUGCUUUCGAAACUGGACAGUUCAAAAACCUCAUGUGGCACGAAUUGCCGUGGUUCUCCUUCUGUGGAGAAUGGGUCUAUGGGAGCACAUGAGGCCACUACAUUGGAUCUCAGCUGGGUCCAGCUCAUGGUCACUAUGAGACCCAAACAGCCUGGGCCCAGCAUACUGAUGAAUCGCCCUCACCCCUAUUUCCCAUUUCUAUAUUCUAAAAACUUAGAAACAUUCUGUGUGCCUUGUCAGAACCAUGGGCCACACAGAGAUCCAUCCUUUCAGGCUGCCUCUAAAAUUGUGAAUUCAGUUCUUUUACAAACUCUAGAGAUAGUGUAAGAUUUUUUAAAAAAUCAGAUUAUAUCUCAGUUCCAGGGGUAUGUGCCUCCUGCUCUUGAGGUAGGAAAAGUCAGAACUCCCCAAAAUAUAAGCAACAAGGAAUCAAAUAGCACCUUUAAGACUAACACAUUUAUCCCAGCAUAAGCUUUUGUGGUCUAUAGCCCAUUUUCUUAAAUCCACGGAGUAUUAUGGAGAAUUUUGGAUUUAUAUAUAGUUCAUACUGUGUUAGUGUUAGGAAAGAAUGAUAGACAACCUCACACAAGGUAAUCCAGUUAACAAAUUUAGUGCCACAGUGUCUGUUACCAGCAACAACUGCACUGUGUAUGACUGCUGUUAAUGUGACUUGCACCAUUCACAUUUAAUGUCUUUCUGAUCUCACUGUUUACAAUUCCUGCCCCACCCACACCACCACAUGUACUUGAAUGUUCAUAAUAUUCCAUUCAUCUCUAAUGCAGGGAUUAAUUUUGUAUUUUUCAAAUUGUGAAGCACCCAGAGGCUAUUGGGUGGUAUAGAAGGGAACUAAAUGAUACAGUCUGCAUCAGCUUAUACAGGAAUUAAUGUGUUAAUCUUAAAGGUGACACUGGACUCUUUGCUGUUUUUGCCACUAUAGACAAUUAUUCUAAAAAUACAAAGUAAAUGUUGGGGGUGUAUAUGCUGGAAGCUCCUGUCUGUAUUGCAUGCUGUGUGGCUUUCUGGAUUGUGGCCACUCUUUUUGUCCAGGUUCCAAUAAAAGCGCUGUCUAAGCCACUCUCAGAGCUGUCACUAAAAUAACCCCUCUGGUUGGUAGUGUUUAGGCAUUUGUUCAAUCUUUAGAAUGUUUUGCAAGUUUGAAUUAUGCUCCAUACCUGAGAGACGGCUGUGUGCUGAGCAUUCUUACUUGGACAUUAAACGAGCAUUGUUCUCAUAUAAAUGGGAGGUUCUGACUGUUUACUGUUUGAGCUUUCAGAUAAAAGUAACUUGUACUGUUUAGAACAUGUACAGGUAGGAUAGCAUUUCUUUCACUGUAUUAAAGGAAAAAAGGUCCAGUAAUAUUGCUGAUAGUUUAACAAAUCUAAUUAGAAGUAAAACAACUAUUUCACUUUCUUUAUGUGAUUGUAAGCAUAUUUACCCUGAAGUAAGUCCUACUGAGUUCAGUGGGACUUUCUAGUAAUUAUGUUUAGGACUGCAGCCUAAUAUUUCAGUUGCAAACGUUGGCUAAGAUCUAAAGAUGGCUUUAAUUCUGUAUGUACGCCCAGGAUGUAUGUUUCUCUUAACAGCACCUUCCUAUGCCAUAGGGCAAAUGAUGGGUGAAACUGAUGGGCCCUUUGAAAGCAGUUUGUGAUGUGGCAUGCUCUUCAAAGGUAAAACAUUGAAAAAUCUCAGUGGGCAGACCCAUGAGGGUUGCUGCAUAACUAUUUGGAUCCCGCUGUUUUCUGCAGUAUCUAUCGGUUGUGGUUGCAAUAAUGACCUUUAAUUUCUCUUCAGUAUCACAAUGUACGUGCUCAUUGGCCUUCCCGUUCCUUACUGUCAUCUCUGACUUCAUGAAAGUAAACUAAUUUUUAAAAUGUGUGAUUAUAUUUCCUGCCUAGUUUGCUAUACAAUUGUCUUUUAUAAGUAACACAGCUUUUUAAAAAGCUGCAUUUUCAGGGUAACUGUUUGAAAGACUAUGCAGGAUAUAAUUUUAUGUAAAAGUAAAUGUGAAUGGUUUCUAAAGCAAUUUUGGUGUUUUAAUCUUGCCAUGUGUAAUUUUAAUAUGGAUGUUUUGAUGUGAAUUUGAUAACUUCCUAAUCUAAAAUCAUGUAUACAGCUGACCUGAUUAACUUCAAACAGGUCAGUUUUUAUUAUCUUUACAGGUCUGGUGUUUUUGCCAUGAAUAAAGUGUUAUGAAUUUGCCCUUACUUAUUUUAAAAGUUAAGGACUUACUGUGAUUAUUUUAUUGUCGUUAAUAUGUACCACUUGCUGAUACUGAGAGGCAUCUGAUCAUUCAGAAAUAGAUUCAGUAGAAUCAGCAUGCUAAUUGUACAGAUCUUCCCAAGCACACAGAGGCUGCUUUUUUAUCCAGUAUCUCCACACUAAAUAUGUUCUGCAAAUAUUUUUAAAUGGAUGGUAUAGGUAUUGUAGAAACCAGGUUUAUGUUCUAGACAUCUCACAGUAAAAUACUUUUGAAUGGAUUUUAAACUAAGUGUAAUUGGCCCAACACCUAUUAUCAAGGCUUUUUGUGUGCUCUGGAAAUCCUUGUGAAAAGUAAUAUUGAAUUCUGAAGGUGUGUUUUACUGAAGAUUCUUCAAGGUCCCACAGUGACCAUGAAUAAUCAUGUUUAAGUAACUACUAAUGUGUUACCUGUGCAAAAGAUAAUCAUACUUGUCUCUUAACAAUUAUUUGGUUUUUCAGUAGAGUUCCACCAUUAUAGGUGGUUCCAAGCUGGUAGUGUUGGUUAAAACUCUGUUUGAUAGUGAUAUUCAGUGCAGAAUCAUUAAAGAUGUAAUGCAGACCUUUUCUUAACCAUGGUCUAAGAGUUCAAGAGCCAGCUUUGGCAGCAUGUGGUUACAGCAGAUGUUACCAUUAAUCUCAACCAUUGGUUUCAAAUUCUGCUUCAGUAGAAAUCAAGCUUGGUUAGUGUUAAUCAUGAUAAUUUUUUAUAACCAUGUUUGAGGUAGCUGGAGGGAAUUUAGAGAGGGGUUGGAGGAAGGAGCAAACAGAUCCAUAGUUAUCGUUAAAGAUGGGUAAGAGGAAACCAGUUCUCUGGCUGCCUCAAAUCUGACCAAUGAAUAUCUUAACUACUAGCUGCAAAGUAGUAUAUGAAACUUCUGCAUGUUUCAGUGCUGCCAGAAGCAGCCAUUUUUUACCUGCUUGUUCAUGUUUUUAUCAGUAAGGUUCUGUGAACAUUUACAAAAAGAAUAAUUAGUGGUGCAAUAAAUGAAACGUGUCUUGAAAAUGUAUUGAAUACAGAGCAGCAGCUUGUGGCAUCCAAAUCACGUUUGAGAAGCCUUAUUUUUAGAUGACUCUGUAACAAUCUAUUUACAGUAUUUUUUGUCUGCCCUCAACACACUCACGUGUGGCAAAAUUGAUGCCCUGCACAUGUGAGACCAUGUGCUAGUCAUAUGGUAGAAAUGGCAAAUCCAGCACAUGAAGAUAGAAUCACAUUCCUUACUGUGAGAAAGAGAUACUGAGUUAGGUUUUACCACACAUUGUAUGAGUGCUUUAUUGUGGCCUCUGUGCAUCACACAUUAUGGGUGCUGCGCCUGCAGUGCCUGUUGCCGGGAAGAUUAAAAAUCUUUAACGGUUUUGGCAGGAACUCUGCACCCUCCCCCCUUGGUAUAAAGGGCGGAGUGCCUGCCAUUUUCCCAGUCAGCUGGAGACUGCCAUUCGCUGUGCCUUGGGCUCUUUUUGCUCUUGCUGUUAUCGCUAGAUCUGGUUAAGAAACUCCUUUCUUGUCUUCAUUCUUCUUUCACAUAUAGGUACUCUGUCCCAGUUCGCCCCGUUCCUAUUAUUCUCUGUUUUUUUCUAACCCCCAACCCCUAUCCUACCCCCUUUCAAAAAAAUUUAAAAAAUAUUUUUUAAAACCCCUUCUUUCGUCCUUCCUGCCCAAGUUAUAUGCUCCCUAUGUCCUCCUUUUCCUUUCUCAAUGGUGCAGCGGGUGACUUUUCCUAAGUGUUCCCAGUGUGGUGCUAAAAUGUCCCCCACUGAUCCUCACGACCUGUGCCUCCUCUGUAUUGGGGAAGGCCUUCGGGCAGAUAAGUGCAGCCACUGCCAGUCUUUUACAAGACAGGCAUGAAAAAAUCGUGAGAAUAGGCUGCGCAAGAUGCUAUGGGACCAAGCCUUGGUCGCCAUGAAGCAAGUUUCAGCUGAGGGCAGCUCCUCUGCAGCAGCAGGACCAUCUAAACUCCCAUCUGCCAAACCAUCCGACGGGGGUUUGGUCGCCAAGGAUAGAAAGCACUCCUCUAGCCCUCCACCACGUAAGCACAAGGAGAAGAGGAAUCAUAUCAGGUCCGAGGGUUCCCCAAAGUCCAAGCGAUCCAAAAAGGACAAACCCGACAAGCCUGAGUGUUGGCACAAGAAACAUGACAAGCUGCCCUGCUCAGAGCUGACUUUCAUCCCGGUCUUGGUCCUGACCUCGGUUCCAAUUGUAGCCUCAGGCCUUCAGUCCUUGAUGCAGGUGACCGCUCCAUCGUCACCUCCAAGGGUUACAACUUCGCUGCACUUCAGUCCUGAUGCCGCAGCAAGAGGCUCUAUGUCCGACGGAGAGAUCUGUGAAUCUUCUCCUCAACCAGGACUCAAAGAACCGUGUGCGAGAUCUCUGACACCUACACCUGCAAUUCACUCAUCUCUGGAGGGUUCUCUGGGGGCGCCUCAAUGCCCUUUGUUGCUCUUGCCGCCUCCACCUUCGGCUCCGCAGCCAUUGCAGUGCUGGAUUCCCCUUUCUUACAGGGAAUUCAAUCCUGACCACUUCAAUUGGCCUUACCCCUGUAUGGGUACCAGCUGCGUCUGAUGCCACAUCCUCAUCACUUUACACCACAUUCCGUGUCGAGAGACACACUGUCGACCUCUGCUGCAGCACUUGCUGACCCCUCCAUGUCUCCUGGAGGAUCCUCGUUCAGUCCACCUUACAUCUCAGACUCGGACUCAGAUGAUUCUAAAGAGGCGUCUACAUCUCCAGAUGCGGUCAUCUCUAUCCAGGGCCCUGGAUCUCCAGGUGACUCUCAGAGAAAGGUUGUUCUUCCACAUGACCAAGUCUCUGGAGAUAGACGUUAAGCAGCGUAUCAACCCAAACCAGUACAAUAUCUUCAGUAUCGUCCACAAGGAAGGCUCUUCAUCUGUUGCUUUACCAUUUAUUACCACACUCAAGCAGCCGAUGAC